UGGUAAGUAGAAAGUUGAAGUAUAACAUUUUGAAAUAGACGUUUUUUAACUUUUGUAUGAUAUUGUGUACCAACUGUUUUCUCUCUUUCUUUUCUCCUCUUAAUUAAUCUUUCAUACGUUGCACUGUGAAAUUGACAUUUUUAUUAUUUAAUUCUCUUGUUUGUUAACAGUGUGUGAUAGUGAUAAGAAUUGAUAGUCUGUUAAUAUAAAGACUCAUUGGCUUAUGCAACAAAAAGGGUAUGCCCCUUGUCUCUAUGACAACACUUUUAACAGAUAAUAAAACAUGUAGAUUCUGAAAAAAAAAAAUAGCUUUAACUCAUACCUUUUUUUACAACGAAUAAACUUCAUUUAGUCAAAUCAAAUCACUUGUUUACAUAGCGCUUUUGACAACACAGAUUGUAUCAAAGCACUGAAGUCAUUAUUUAGCAGUCACAAAUAAUUUAGUAAAUCUGUUAUGAAUCCACAGAGAAAGCUAAUGCCUCAAAGUGUUUACAGAUUGUAACUGGAUCUCUCAAUAGGUUCCAGCUGACAAUACACAGUUAGUCUGGAUAGCGUGCAGCUAGUGAUCAGCUGGUAAUAAGUACAAGGAAGUCUUUCCAAAGUUUAUUUCCAUGAGACUCAAAGUUCAGAUGACAAAGUCCUGACACACCUGUGUUCUUCUCCGUCAGCAUAGCUAUGAACUACUGACAGCUUCUGUUAUUGUGCUGUUUGUUUCACGUGAAUCCGUGCCAAUAGUACCUGUUUUCUGAUGGAGCUAAGAGAAUUCAACAAUCAAGUCCAUCCACCUCCAGACUACCCUAGUCCUCACGGUUCCCAGCAUUCUCUGAGGUUGCGGACAUUUCCCGCCCAAGACACACGUGAGGUUCAGUUUGAUUGGGCCUCCCCACCUCAAGAUGCUGAAGACUCCAAGGAACCUCGAAGUCUCCGCGAGCUGCCGCUGCACAUGGGCCUGAAGAAAGCAGUAUGGCAGGUGCAGCAGAUGAGAGUUCCAGCUGUUUCUAGCGCUUGGAACAUCAAACAAUCGCAGACGUUCCGUCGUUUCUCAGAGGUUGCCAAACACAUUCUCAGCUAUUUUGUUCUGUGGAAGAGGAGAAUCCAAAGAGUAGGAGGUCACUUUGGUGGAGGAGUUCAAUCCUACUUCUUGUUCCUGAGAUUUCUUGUGAUUCUCAACUUCCUGUCCUCCUUGUUAAUUGCUGCGUUUGUCCUCAUUCCCAGUAUCGUGUUUCACUCCAUGAACUUAAACUCCACCAUCCCUUCCACAUUCAAUUUAACCGGUAAGGAGAUAUGCUUGCAGUAUGAUCCAAAACCUGGUGCCCUUCUGGUGUUUUACACAUACUUUCUGGACCUGGUUUCAGGAACGGGUUUUAUGGAGUAUUCAUAUCUGUUUUAUGGCUAUUAUAAUAAUACAGUGAUUGAGAGUAAUGGCUUUUCCUACAACAUCCCUCUGGCCUAUCUGUUGACGGCAGCCUUCUACUUCCUCUUCUGCUUCAUUUGUAUGAUUUUUAGAAUGGGCAACACAGCUCGUCUUGUUGUAGUGACGGGUGGAGGAGCAGCAGGGGGUUACAGUAUGCUGGUGUUUACAGGAUGGGACCAUGGUCUCCAAGGCCGUGCAACAAAACUUAAACAAAACAAUCUUCGCCACAGGUUACAGGUGGAUCUUGAAGAAGAAAGGCUUAAGAAGAAGGCUGCCUCCCUGACUUUAGGCCAAACGGUCUCUCUCUACACGCUCCGUGUUUUUCUUCACCUAGUAGUCUUAAUACUAAUUGCUGCAACUUUCUAUGGUAUUGCACAGGCGACUCAGUUCAGCCAGUCCAUGGAAAAAUCGGGCUUUACAGGGCUGCUGUUGCAAUACUUACCCUCCAUGGUCAUAACAGCAAGCAAUUUUGUUGUGCCGUUACUGUGCGACAAGAUUGCAUUACUGGAAAAGUAUUCUCCCAGUACUACCGUCAUCCUGGCCCUGUUGAGGGCGGUAUUCCUGCGUUUGGUGAGUUUGGGUGUCUUGCUGCUCACUCUGUGGGAGCAGAUUACCUGUAAUGGACCAGUCGGCAACGAAAACUGCAAGCCCUGUAAUUACUAUUAUGACCAAUAUAAUUGCUGGGAGACACGUGUUGGACAGGAAAUGUAUAAACUGACUCUUUUUGACUUCCUGAUCACCAUUGCUACGCUAAUCCUGGUGGAAUUCCCACGCAGGAUUGUGGUUGAUCAUUGUUCCUGUAAACUGACUCAGUUGGUGGGACGGCAGGAGUUUCUGGUUGCCCCGAAUGUUCUCGCUUUAGUUUACAGUCAAACAGUGGUUUGGACUGGAGCUCUUUUCUGUCCAUUGCUGCCAUUCAUCAACACCGUCAAAUUCUUAAUCUUUUAUUACUGCAAAAAGAUAACUCUCUUCCAGAAUUGUCAACCUGCAACAAGAAACUUCAGGUCCACCACCUCCAACUUCUUCUUCCUGUUGGUUUUGCUCUUUGGAUGGAUGUUGUCCAGUGUGGUUCUCCUUUACAGUGUGGCUAGGAUCCAUCCAUCUUAUGGCUGUGGGCCUUUCCGCUUGAACUCAGCAAUGUGGGAAGUUGUACCAGGAGCUGUCGAAAAGCUAAGCCACACCAGUAAAGAAUUCCUGUUUUAUAUCGGCUCCCAGAAAUUCUCCAUACCACUCUUCAUCUUCUCCUGUGUGCUCCUGUGCUAUGUGAGCGCUUUAUCAUCUGUCCAUGGAAAAAGUGUAACAUUGUUGAAGUCUCAGUGUAAACUGGAGCAGCGUGACAAGCAGUUCCUGGUCAGACAAAUUGAAGAGCUGAAUGCCACAGUGCAAAAGGAACAACGUAAACCACAGCAGCCCCAGAGAGAGACCAAGCCCCAAAACCACACAGCAACACAGUGGAAUCAACAUUACAAUUAUGCAUAUGAUCCUGAUGAAGACCCAAGACCAUAUUAAGACUUCAGUGCAGUUUAUACUGGAAUUCUGAGAUUUGUGUACUAUUUUACAGAAAUACAACCUGUUUAAAAAUAUUUAGUUUAGAAGGGAUGCAUUCAUUUGAAUGCAGCAGUAAAGUGUAAUGUUACAGCAUAUUUUUAUUUCACUGCUAUCUGUUUGUCAAAGAAUCCUGAAAAAAGUAUCACUAUUUCUAAUAAAUUAUUAGCACAACCAUGAUAAAAAAAGAAUAAAAACUGUUUGUGCACCAAAUCAGCAUAUCAUAAUGCUUUCUAAAGGAUCAUUUGAUAAUCAAGAAUGGCUGCUUAAAGUGUAGCUUUGCCAUAACAGGAAUAUAUUUCGUUUUAUAAUAUGUUAAAAUAAAAAAUAUAUUAUUAUUUUAAAUUGUAAUAAUGUUUUACAAUAUUACUGUUUUACUGCAUAAACAAAUAAUGCAGAUUUUAUGAGCAUAAGGCUAACUGUAAUUUAUUAAAAAUAUUUUUUAAUGAG